CAUGCUGCGGAAGCAACUGUUGCUCACUUUGCUCAGACCUGACUGACAGGACAGACUGAAAAUUUGACAGUCUCACUUCGUCUUUAGCCUACUACUACCAAGAACCUAACAGCACCAGGGUGCAUCAGUCAAUCCCCAUGUCUACUGACCAGGAGAGCUGCCAUCUGUGUAAGGAAGACCUGAGGGACCCAGUCUCCAUCCUGUGCGGCCACAUCUUUUGCUCCAUCUGCCUGAAGACCUACUGGGACCACGCUGACCACACCGGUUCCUACAACUGCCCACGUUGUCGGGUCACCUACAACAAGAGACCCACCCCGCGCCGCCUCCAGACCUCCCGCUCCUCCACACACUCAACCCACUCGCAUCCCAGGAUGUCUGAGACCUACCCUCCUCCACCUCCAGACCCAGACUACAACUACGCCGGACCACAAGAUGUGGGAUGUGAUAUCUGUAUUGGGAAGAAGCACAAAGCCAUCAAGACAUGCCUGAUGUGCCUGGCGUCCUACUGUGAGAGGCAUCUAAAGCCCCACUAUGAGAACCCUGCCUUCAAGAGGCACAAGCUGGUGGAUGAGAUCGGCCAUCUGGACAGACAGAUUUGCCCCCAGCAUCAGAAGGGUCUGGAGCUCUUCUGCAAGACGGACCAGAUGUGUAUCUGUGUUCUGUGCACUGUGAAGGAGCACAAAGGUCAUGACAUGGUAUCUGCCGAACAGGAGAGGUCAGAAGAACAGCAACGUCUGGGUGCCACCCAGGCAGAGAUCCAGGAGAGGAUCCAUGAGAGGCUUAAGCAGAUGGAGGAGCUGAAACAAGCUGUGGAUUCACUCAAGAGCUCAGCCCAGAGGGCUAUGCAGGAGUGUGAGAAGUUGUUUGGCGACAUGAUGCGUUCCAUCGAGAGGAUGCAACAGGAAAUGACCAAGCUAAUUUCCUCCAAUAAGAGGGCAGCACUGAACAACGCUGAGGGUCACCUCGAGCGUCUGACCCACGAGAUCGCUGACCUCAAGAAGCGAGACAACGAGAUCACACAGCUGUCACGCACAGAGGACCACAUACACUUUAUCCAGAGCUACCACAUGCUAAUCGCUCAGACGGAGGCUGAGGAGCUGCCCACAGUCUCAGUGAACCCCUACUUCUCUUUCGGACCCGUCACCAAGGCUGUCUCUGAGAUGAAGGUCCAUCUCCAUGACAUCAGCAAUGAGGAGCUGGUCAAAGUGGCCAAGACUGUGAACAAAAUGCCUUUCUGCCAACUGGAUGAAGCCAAAAGGAGAAAUACUGUGAAAGCCGAUGCAGUUGUUGCCGUGUACAAGACACCAAGCCAGGAGCCCCAGCACAGAGAAGACUUCCUGAAAUAUGCCUGCGCUCUCACCCUGGACCCCAACACAGCCUACCGCCAGCUAUAUCUGUCUAGAGGCAACAGGAAGGCAGCCCUGAAGAGAGAACCGCAGGACUACGCUGACAGUGCCUCCAGGUUUGACUGCCUGCCCCAGGUUCUCUGCAAAGAGCCCCUGUCUGGAGGUGCCUACUACUGGGAGGUGGAGUGGAGUGGAGAGGGGGCCUCCGUGGGCGUCACCUACAAGGGCAUCAAGAGAGUAGGCUAUGGGGACAGCUGCCGCAUCGGCUACAACCGCAAGUCCUGGAGCCUUUUCUGCUCCGAUUCCAGCUAUUCCGCCCGAUAUGGUAAAGACCAGGUGGAAAUCAAUGCACCCUACUCCUCCAGGAUAGGUAUCUUCCUGGACCACUCAGCAGGCACCCUCUCAUUCUACACUGUGGGGGACACCAUGUCUCUCAUACACCGCUUCAAGGCCUCCUUUGCUGAGCCUGUCUACCCAGGCUUUUGGGUCUGGUAUGAGUCAGCAGUCACCAUCCGUCAGCUGUCAUAAUAUUAUAUUACCUAUGAUUAAAUUACGAUUGUCCAUGUAUCGGUCAUCAUACAUAUUGUGAUUCAAGUAAAUAUAAUUGCAUUUGUAAUUUGACUUGAUUUAGUAUCCCCUUUUCUCAAAUUGUACUAUUUAAAUUGGCAAUGUUUUACUUUGUUCUAUUGAGGUUUGAAUUCAUGUUUUAUACUGUAUAUAAAUCAUCAGCUAGAGAGAGAUAUCUCCGACCAAUUGGGUUUGGUGAGUAAAGGAAUAAACCAUGUUAUCUAUAAUGUUUUCAUAAUCAUGAAGGAUCUACUUUAGAAUAGACUGAAGUGUCAACUAAUAUAUUUGAUAAUAUAUAUUAAAUACAUUUAAAUUUGAACUUAUGUACUUUUGUAUAUUCUUGGUAUAUUAGACAAAGAGCAAAACAAAUAUACUUUGAAUACACCUUAAAUACAUUGUAUGUAUAUUUGUCAUAAAUUAGAAAUAUACUACAAUUGUAUUUAUAGUCUCCUCACUACAAGACUUAGCAAAUACACUUCUACUCAUUAACCACAUUAGCUAUUGGAAUAAUAAUCUUCUCAGUGGAUGUUAACAUUCUAUUUUUAUUCUGUAUAUUUGUAUUAUUCUUUUCACUUAGUCAUUUAAAUCGUUAUUGUGGAGUCACUACAAUGUUGUUGUUCCAACCUUAGUUUUCUCCUAUCACAGCCAUUUAACUCUGUAACUGUUUUACAAUCACCAAUCACUUCAUGGUAACAUCCCUAUGCAGUUUCAUUCCUGUCCUGCAGCUCAUUUCAGAAGUAUCUUUGAUAUUUCUGGGUGGUGUAAUACAUAAUCCACAGCAUAAUUAUUCACUUGACCAUGCUUACAGAUAUAUUCAAUGUCUGAUUUGAUAUUGUUACCAUCAAUCACUGCCCUUUUAUGAGGCGUUCAAAGGGUGUUCAAAUGGUCUUUGUCGUUGAAUCUGUGCUUGAAAAUCAGUACUUGAUUAAGGGACCUUACAAAUGUUGUAUGGGGGACAGAGGAAAUGUUAAUCAUAAACAAAUAAUGUCAACCCCUAUUACUUCACACAGUCCAUGUAGCAUAUUAUGUGAUUUGUUAAGCCACAUUUGACUAAUUUAGGCUUGCUGUAACAAAGGGGCUGAAUUUGUAUGCAAUGGUUAUAUUUUAGUUAUCUAAUUUGUAUUAUUAAUUUUUUACUUUGACAUUAGAGUACUUUGAGUUCAUUGUUGACAACAAAUUACAAUGAAAUUAAUUUUAAUCCCACUUUUUAACACAAUAACAUUUGAAGAAAUACAAAGGGUAUGAAUACCUUUGCAAGGCACUGUAUACUUAUAGUGUACUUGAUCACUCACAAGCAGAGUUUCAUAAAAACAAACCUGUGUCUUUUGAAUGAAUAUAAUAAAUUACAAUUAAAGCGA